UAAGUGCUGUUUCAAAAUCUCAAAAAGCCUCUAAAUAGUUUUUUUUUUUUUUCGAGAGGUCCCUAAACUAAAGAAAAUGUCAUAAUGCGCUAGUUAAAACAAAUAAAGCUAAGGAUUUAGUGAAACAGAUAUAAAUAAAUGUUUCAGGCCUUAUAUAAGCAAAAGUUUAGAAACACGUAUGAUUUUCGCUUAAAACUAUUUGAAAUAAACUAAUUUAUCAGUUACCUUACCUGAAGAUUAUGAGAAGAAAUACAUACUAAAGAAUAUACAAAUUCACAAAAAUAUACACAACCUUUUUUCUAUAUUACUUUUAGGGUUAAUUGAAUAUAAAUUACUAAAAUUUUAAAAUUUGCAUUAAAAUUAUUCAAUUUUUCCCCCUCAUUUUGCCAUCUUAUCAUUUUUCGGUCAAACUUAGUACUGAAGUGACUACCUAAAAUUCUACAUGUCCAAAUUCGCCGAUUAUUAAAACGUUCGACCGAAAAAUGAGAAAUUAAUAAUUAAAUAAUUUUAAUAUAAAUUUUAAAAUUAGUGUAAAAAAUAAGAAUUUAUUUGAAAGUCAAUAAUUUGCCCUUAUAUGUAUUAGUCGAAUCCUUAAAACUAAUUAAAAUUAUUUAUAAACAACUCGGAAGAAAAAGCAAAAAGAAAAGAGUUGCGUUAGGGACCUUAGUUUGGUGAGUACUUGGUAAUUUGGUAUGCAAUUUUUUCCCCUCACUUUAUUAUUUAUUUUUAAAAUUAAUUAACUAAUAAAUUACUUUUUAAGUAAUUAUUUUUUUAAUAGAAUACGGCAUGAAUUGGACAAAACCCUAUCGCACUCGAAAAGUCAAAUGUCUACGCAUUGUUUCGUCUAAACACAAGAAAAAAAAAACUAUUCAUUGAAUCUGCCCUUUUCAUGCUAUUCUUGUCAACACUUAAUAAUCAAAUAUAUUUUUUUUCCCCCUAAAAAAAAAUAAUCAAAUAUUUUUUUUUCUCUCAAAUAAAAAAUAAAAUAAAUACUUUUUCUAUAAUUAUAUAUACACCAUAGUUAUCAUCAACACCUCCACAAUUAUUUAUAACAUCUAGAAAUUCAAAUUCUCAUCACCAUCAUGAGAGAAGAAGAGCGAGAGAUGCAUCUCGCAUUCCAAAGCCUCUUUGUGGGAGACGAGCUCAAGGAAGAGGAGAAAGACGAGGAAGAAAAGAACUCUAAGAGGGUCCAAGAUAUACGAAGAAUCGUCGGGUACGAGUUUAAAGACCCGACGAUCUUGCAACAAGCGUUCACGCAUUACUCCUUUGAGGAGGGUUGCUCCUCGUUGGAGCGUCUUGCGUAUAUUGGUGACGCGAUUUUGACUUUUGCAGUUACCAAAGAUCAGUGUUUGCUCUAUCCGGAUUUUGAUCCGGGUAGAUUGACUAGGCUCCGAGCCGCCAACGUGGACACCGAGAAGCUCGCACGCGUCGCCUUGAAAUACGAGCUGCACGAUUUUCUACGCCAUAACAUAUUUUUGCUUGGAGUCCAAAUUGAUGAAUUUAGAGACGCAAUCGCAAAAUACCCUUUGCAUUCAUCAGGUUUAGUUGAUGCCCCAAAAGUGCUGGCUGACAUAGUUGAGGCAUUGAUAGGAGCCAUAUUUCUUGACUGCAAGUGCUGUUUGGACACAACAUGGGAGGUAGUAAAGAAGCUGUUGGAGCCCAUAAUCACUCCUGCAACUCUUCCAAUUCAUCCAGUUACGCAGCUGCAAGAGCUGUGUCAAAGCAGAAGAUUGAGUUUGAAGAUGAGAGAUUCUUGGAAAGAAGAUGGAGUUGUCGAGUUUUUGAUCGAUGAAACAUGCAUUGGAAGAGCCCAAUACAAAGCCAAGAGAGUCAUUGCUAAAAAUAGAGCAGCCCUCGUUGCCUAUAAUCACAUUCUAUGAUUAUCAAUAAUUUAUUGUGCUUGUAUAUUUCAAGAUUAAUCUAAACAAGACCUGAUCAA